GAGCAGAUGCUGUCUCACAAAAUCAUAAAUUGAUAAAGAAGAAAAGUGACGUAUCAUCAGAAAAAAAGAAAAGUAAUUCCUAGAUGUCGCAUUGAUCAAAUAAAAUAAUUUCAAGCACAUUUUAUCAUUUAAUGUGACAUAGUUCAGGUUAUGUUUUGAAAUACAGUGAUUUCAAGCACGUGGUGAAAUAUAAAUAAGUUGAAUAAGUAAAAAUUAAAUAAAUAAAUAAAAAUGUUGCGAAGACAAGCGCGUUUGAGACGUGAGUACCUUUAUCGUAAAUCUAAAGAAGAUAAAAUAAAAACUAUUCAAGAAAAAAAAGAUAAAUUGAAAAAAAGUUUGGAAAACAACGUUCCAAUCCACCCUGACCUGAGGAAAGAUGCCUUGUACUUACAACGUAAACUGGACUGGGAAGAUGCUGGUCCAGAGCGAGCAGUUGCCAUGGGAACAGAAAUGGGUGGGACAACUGGGACCCACGAAGAUGAUGAGUACCGUUGGGCCGGUGUCGAAGAUCCAAAAAUAAUGUUGACAACUUCACGUGACCCUAGUGCUCGUCUUAAAAAAUUCGUCAAAGAAGUCCGUCUCAUCUUUCCUACCGCGCAGAGAUUAAAUCGUGGUAACGCUGAGAUGAAAACACUGAUCGAAGUCUGCAGAGCUAAUCAAGUCACGGAUUUCAUUGUAAUUCACGAGCACCGUGGUGUUCCAGAUCAUCUUGUUAUUUGUCAUCUACCCUACGGCCCGACUGCUUACUUCACUCUGUCAAACGUCGUAAUGCGACAUGACAUUCCUGAAAUAGGUACUAUGUCAGAGCAGUAUCCGCAUUUAAUUUUUCAUAAUUUUAAAUCGACGCUAGGUAUCAGGACGAUGAACAUCCUGAAGCACUUGUUCCCGGUACCUAAAGAAGACAGCAAACGUGUGAUGGCUUUUGCUAACCACGAUGACUUCAUUGCUUUCCGGCAUUAUACUUACAAGAAAUCCGGUGGGCAAGAUGUUGAGAUGACCGAAGUUGGACCCAGGUUUACUCUAAAAUUGUAUAAAAUAAAAUUAGGCACCAUAGAUGCUAUUGAGGCUGCUGACACUGAAUGGAACUUGGGGACUUUCAUGAACACCACGCACAAGCGACGAUUUUUAUCCAACGAAGAUGGUUGGGAUCAAGAAGAUGAUUUUUAGAUAUUAAGUUCUUAAAAGUAGGAUAAUUUUGAAAUUUAAUUUUUUUUUUUUUUUUUUUCAAUAAAUGAAUUAUUUUAAAAUA